CAUUAUUACUAUCAGACAUUUUAUUUUUGUGAAAAUUUGAAAAAUAAUUUCAGCAGACCAAACCCCUACUAACAACAUUUGAGAAUUCAGCAAUUAUUAUUUACUAAGCAGCCGUACAUGGUUCUACUUCAAAAACAGCUGCCGCAGAACAGAGCGCCAUUGGAGAGGGGGAAGUUGAGCUGAUCGGUCGACUUGGAAGUCGAAGAGGCGGAAGAGGAGGAGCUUGAGCCCGGCCAUUUGUCGACUCGAUAGAAUCCAAAGGCAAAGGCACGGCAGGGCGGUGAGGCUAGCAAAGGAAUGAACACUUUUUGUUACUAUCCGAUCAACUUUGCUAUGAAUACACUUUUCGUAUUUGCUUCUAUUUAAAAUUAUAGAACUGGGCAAAAUCAUCGAAUCCUCCUAAUAAUGCCGAGCAGCUCCUUCUUCAUUCAACCUGCCAUGCAUCUCCGUCGAAUAGGACGGGCUUUGCCUUCUUCAAGAAGAUUCUUCAGCAAUAAGAGCUCCAGCCAUGAUCUAGAUAAUGCAAUCAAUGAUCUCAAUAAGGAGAUGGAAUUUGUCUUUGGCGAGCCACCACCACCCGGGCUUGGCGCCAACUCUACCAGGAGUAAUAACAAUAACUGCAACUUCAUGGCUCAAGAAACCCACUUGAAUCCUGAUCAUGCCAGUGUGAGAGAUUCACUUGGAGGUGGACUUACGCAUGUUGGGAGUUCAGGGGAAGCCCAAAUGGUGGAUGUCUCUGAAAAAUCAACCAGUAAGAGAACAGCCAUUGCUAGUUGCAAGGUACUGCUUGGAAAAAAGGUAUUCGAUUUGGUCUCUGCCAAUCAAGUGGCGAAGGGAGACGUCCUCGGUGUGGCCAAAUUCGCGGGGAUUGCAGGGGCAAAGAACACCGGCAGCCUCAUACCCUUGUGCCACAACAUCAUGCUGACUCAUGUUCGUGUCGAUCUGAGACUGAACCCCAAAGAUUGUAGCGUUGAGAUCGAAGGGGAAGCUGCAUCAACCGGAAAGACUGGGGUCGAAAUGGAAGCUUUGACUGCUGUUUCAGUCGCUGGGCUUACAGUUUACGAUAUGUGCAAAGCUGCUUCCAAGGACAUCCAGAUCUCAAACGUGCGGCUUGAGUCCAAAACUGGCGGAAAGAGCGGGGACUGGUUCAGACAUGGGUGAUUGGCGGUUGUGCGAGGGAUUAUGAUGCUCAUAGUUUUGUGAUUCAGUACUCGACAUUGUAAACGAGUCAUCCUCGUGUUCAUUCAUGUUUUACAUAUGAAAGUGUGUCGGGGCAAAAUUAACAAUAUUUAUGUAGGAUUCACUUUUUUCGCAUAACACUCUGCCAGCAAUGUGAGUUCGGAUUUCUAAUUCCUAACUGGCAUUGAUUCC